AUGAGGAUUUCGCUGGCUUUAUAUUGUUCAUUUAUUAUGUUCCUUUUGUUUUUCUCUCUGCCUUUACCAGUUUCAUCUGAAAAUCAAGAAAGUAAAGCCCAAACGAUGACGACCUCUUGGAAGCGAAGUCUUGCACAGCACGGCUACUCUCUUCGUGUUUUCAUUAGGAAACGUGGUGGUGGUGGUGGUAGGGGUCGUAGUAGGGGCCGUCAUGUCCCUACUGGCGGUGGUGGUUCGUCGACUACCACUCGACCUUCUCUUUCCAUCACAUUCGGUUUAGGUUCCACUGUCGCGAGCUUGAUGUUGUUGAUGUUCUUCGCCUUCUAGUUACAUAUUUGUGAGCUUCAAGCCUUGUGAAGCUUUUUAUAAAUUGUAAUGGUGUGUUAUCUUUUUUUCAAAUCAUGUGAGCUGAUCAAUAUUGUAAAA